CCCUGGCCUGCAGAGGUCCCUCUCUGGCCUUACCUCAUCCGCACCUGCCCGCAGGCUCCCCGGGCCGCAGGUGCGGAAGACCGCGGAAUUCCACGCCCCGCAAAGGCCCGCCAGCUCUGGGGAGGGGAAGGAGAGGCGCGGACCGGUGCCUCUCCCAAGCUGAUGUCCCAGGUGCGUCCGAAUCCGAGGCAUCGCUGGGCGGGGUGCUGAUGGCCCGGGAGGCUCGGCCGCAGCUUCUGGCCUCAGCGUCCCCCUCCAAGUCCGAGGGAGGGGUGGGAUUCUCACCCGUUGGGGUCCCGCUCAUGCUUCACCACUGAUUCUCCACCUCCCUCCCUGCAAAGGACUUCUCUCGUUCAAGAUCCCCAAAGCCUUUGGAAGCAUAGCUGCUGGUUCUGCUGGAUAAUGAAUCUCCUUGCUGUUUAGAAAGAGCUUGGAGUUGGGGGUGGGGGAGAUGAGCUGAGUUUUCUUGAAUAUUUAUGGUUAAAUUUGAGGCAAGAACUGAAUUUCAGUCGAUGUCCACGAAGCGGUGGCCUUGUAUGGACCUACAGAUCGUCCACGUAGCGUUCAGACUACUCAGGAACAUCUUUCACUUAGUGGAUGUUUCAGUUGAAAUUCAUUGCCACAGAUCUUCAGUUCCUAUUUAUUAGUGAUGUGACAUCUGAGGGUCCACAGAAGGGAUCUCCAUGAGGAAGGAGGCCCCUGAUUUCUAUGCAGCAUUGGGUUGAACAAUUUAUCAGUACAAAGCACAUUUCCUGCCUGCCUUGAAGGGGGAGAGUCAGUGUGAUAGCCGCCAAGUCAGUCCACUCUUGGACCAAGUAUGUCCUCCUUUUCUCUUCCAGAUUGUGCCUUUUUAGCCAAGAAGCAUGGAGGUUCUUCAUGGCAGGCCUUACCGUUGCAGGGAGCUUGAAGGAGCUGACAUACUGUCAGACACUCUUUACUCUAAUGAACUGCACACACCGCUACAAACAUCUACUCGUCCAACAGCCUCAGAGGACAGGUAUCGGGAAUUACGGGAGUCUCUCCAUCAAUGUCGGCUUCCAUGGGGCGCUGACAGGGAAUGUGGUGGGAUGAUACCUAUUUCACUCCCUGAGGGACAUAGGCCAAAACAUGAAUUUCCCUGUGUCAUGGGCAGGGGACAUCAUCAGCAUUUUGGAUGUGGUGAAGAAACCUGGCCAAGAAAGCUUCCUUUUGAACAACUCUAUUAUUUGACGCACAACAAAAAAAGUGACAUCUGUGGAAGUGAUUCUUUGAUGCCCAAACCACCUAAUUCAACAGUAGGCGAGAUCUUCUCCCCGUAUCCGAUCGAACACCCCUACCACACACACAUCUCUCGUGGUGCCAUGUUCCCGACCUUCACAUCACCUAAGGACCUCUACACAGGCAUCAAAGCCCGAAGCCAACAGCCAUUUCCUCCCACUGUGCCAACGAAGGCGUAUGAUACAACGGUUUUGAAGACGAGAGGUAAUCCUUACAGAUAUGAACUAAUUGAUAUUCCCAUGGAUUCAAAGAAGAAAGGCUUGGUUUGGCCAGGUCAGAGUGUAUAUUAUGACUUUCCUAAAUGUGUUGGGAAAAACAAGCCAAUAUUCUACCCAAAACCUCCUAAAACCUUCGCUCCUAACCCUUCUUUAAAUCCAUGGGAUCCUAUUAACUCUCUAAAAGAAGCCAAUAUACAAAGAAAUCUCGAGAGGUCCCACUGGAUCACUUCAUACACUCAUGAUUUUACAGGUCUGGGGCCCAUGAACCCCCUUGAACUGGAUGAUUACCAUGAAAAGGAGUUAGCAGACUUAACCGCACAGAUAGGAUUUGAUCCAGAGCCCCAAGAAAAAUUCCACUCUGUCUUUAAACCCUCCAGACCCUUUGAAGGACGAAUCGCCCGACUGAUUCAGAAUCGACGUCCUCUGGAGGCUACUAUCCAGCAAAGACCGCCUUCAUGUCCAGAUUGUACCCCUAGAGUUUUGUGUAAUUUUCAUACCUUUGUACCCAGUUCUACAGAAAUGAUGGCACUUAACGAUAACACACCAGCGGAUAUAACCCGUAAAUGCCAGGAAAUCGAAGACAAGAUUAAGGAAGAACAAAGCUUAUUAUCUACCUAUGCACACUCACCUUGUUAUCCAACUAAAGAUCUGACUAACAUUUAUGACAUAAAACCAUUUCCAAAAAUUACAGAUACUAAAAAAACAGAAGAUUUGUACUGGAGACAGUUAUCAUUAAAACCCCAACCUACACCUUACUGCAACCCAAGCAAUUACAUUCGAUAUGAACAUUUUAAAUCUGCCUUACAUGACCAGUAUGCUACGUGUCAAACCCCUGGUAGCCUUAGUAAGCCUAGUAUUUUACAAAAUAAAUCAGACUUAGAUCUCAAUCUAGAACGUCUUUUAAGUAAGCCAGAAGAACAUUUGACCUUGAACACUGAAAACGAUGAAGAAACAAAAUCUCUCCUGGGUUGGAUUCCUACCGCUGGAGUGGCCAAGCCUCAAACUGACCUCCUGGAGCUUAAGAACUCUUUUUCAAAAACUGGUACACAAAAACGUUUCCAUAAAUCAAUUCUAGAAGACCACAAAGACCUCAGGGAUAAGGGGCAUUCAGGAAUGAAACACCAAUUCUUUGGCCAUAAUUCCUAUUAUUUCUAUAAUUGA